AUGUCAUUUUAUCAAGAAACUAAAUAUUAUGAACCCGAUAAAAACUACGUAUUCCAAGUUUCAGUUUAUUUAUGCGGUCAAAGCGAAUACAAAGGAUAUUAUACAUUCUGUCUAGAAUAUGGUGAUAUCCGUUUUGAGAAUAACGACAUCACAAACAACAAAUGCGGUAUGUGCUCAUCAUACGGUAGUACCCUUAAUGGAGCUCCUGUGACAUGUAACUUCUCAACAUUCAGAGAAAACAACUAA